CACAUGAACCUUACGCAAACCACGUAGUACACAAGCGGGAAAAGGUAAUGAUAUUAUUGCUUGUAGCUACCAUUGGCGUUAAAACAUUUUAAUGAAUAUGUCAUGACAGGAUUUUAAACAAAUAAGAUAGCAGACAGCAUAAUCAUCGUAAGACAUUCGAUGUGUGUGUUAUAGCCAGCCUGGUUACCGUUAGCUAGCCCGCUAUCAAUGUCAAAUCACCUGUAGCCGCCUGAUAAAAACUGCCAACUACCCUGUCUAUAACGCGGAAUAGGUAUAACGGACUAGGUAGCUACUAGGCUCGCGAUGCCAUACCUCCAAAAGGUUCUCAACGAGGCUAGGUAGCUACUAGCUAAUGUAGUAAGAAAAUACUAGCUAGAUGUUGAAAAUAGUUUUGACUGCUACUGUAGAUGAAUAACCAGUCGUGUUUUCCUGCAUGUGCUGUUUAAAUUAGAACAAAUAAAAACUUUCAUAGAAGUUUUACGUGAGCCCCGCGUGAGGGGUCUCCUGUGUAGCCUCGCGAGACUACCUGUAGUCUACCCCAGUUCCGUAAUUUUCGUUGGAAAAUGUUGUACCUAUGUAGCACCUUGUUGUACCUUGUAUGCAGCUAUGUCACACUCAGUGGUGUAAAGUACUUAAUAAAAAAUACUUUAAAGUACUACUUAAGUAGUUUUUGGGGGUAUCUGUACUAUUUAUAUUUUUGACUACUUUUACUUCACUACAUUCAUGAAGAAAAGAAUGUACUUGUUACUCCAUACAUUUUUCCUAAGACCCAAAAGUACUCGUUACAUUUUGAAUGCUUAGCAGGACAGGAAAAUGGUCCAAUUCACGCACUUAUCAAGAGAACAUCCCUGGUCAUCCCUUCUGCCUUUGAUCUGGCGGACUCACUAAACAAACACAAAGGCUUCAUUUGUAAAUUAUUUCUGUUGGAGUGUACCCCUGGCUAUCUGUAAAAAGACAAUGGUGUUGUCUAGUUUGCUUAAUAUAAGGAAUUUGAAAUGAGUUACCGUGCAUUCGGAAAGUAUUCAGACCCCUUCGCUUUUUCCACAUUUUAUGUUACAGUCUUAUUCUAAAAUGGAUUAAAUUAGUCAAUCUACACACAAUACCCCAUAAAGACAAAGGGAAAACAGGUUUUUAGAUUUUUUUUGCAAAUGUAUUAAAAAUAAAAAACAGAAAUACCUUAUUUACAUAAGUAUUCUGACCCUUUGCUAUGACACUCGAAAUUGAGCUCAGGUGCAUCCUGUUUCCAUUGAUCAUCCUUGAGAUGUUUAUAUAACUUGAUUGGAGUCCACCUGUGGUAAAUUCAAUUGAACCCAAUGGUCACUCUGACAGAGCUCCAGAGUUCAUCUGUGGAGAUGGGAGAACUUUCCAGAAGGACAACCAUCUCUGCAGCACUCCACCAAUCAGGCCUUUAUGGUAGAGUGGCCAGACGGAAGCCACUCCUCAGUAAAAGGCACACAGCGCACUUGGAGUUUGCCAAAAGGCACCUAAAGACUCUCAGACCAUGAGAAACAAGAUUCUCUGGUCUGAUGAAAACAAAAUUGAACUCUUUGGCCUGAAUGCCAAGCGUCACGUCUGGAGGAAACCUGGCACCAUCCCUACGGUGAAGCAUGGUGGUGGCAGCAUCAUGCUGUGGGGAUGUUUUUCAGCGGCGGGGAGUGGGAGACUAGUCAGGAUCGAGGGAAAGAUGAAUGGAGCAAAGUACAGAGAGAUCCUUGAUGAAAACCUGCUCCAGAGCGCUCAGGACCUCAGACUGGGCCGAAGGUUCACCUUCCAACAGGACAACGACCCUAAGCACACAGCCAAGACAACGCAGGAGUGGCUUUGGGACAAGUCUGAAUGUGCUUGAGUGGCCCAGCCAGAGCCCGGACUUGAACCCGAUCGAGCAUUGCUGGAGAGACCUGAAAAUAGCUGUGCAGCGACGCUCCCCAUCCAACCUGACAGCGCUUGAGAGGAUCUGCAGAGAAGAAUGGUAAAAACUCCCCAAAUACAGGUGUGCCAAGCUUGUAGCGUCAUACCCAAGAAGACUCAAGGCUGUAAUUGCUGCCAAAGGUGCUUCAACAAAGUACUGAGUAAAAUGUCUGAAUACUUAUGUAAAUGUCAUAUUUCCGUUUUUUAUUUUCAAUACAUUCGCACACAUUUCUAAAAACGUGUUUUUGCUUUGUCAUUAUGGGGUAUUGUGUGUAGAUUGAUGAGGGGGGAAAAACAAUUUAAUCAAUUUUAGAAUAAGGCUGUAACGUAACAAAAUGUGGGCAAAGUCAAGAGGUCUGAAUACUUUCCGAAUGCACUGUAUACUUUUAGUAUAUUUUAGCAAUUACAUUUACUUAGGAUACUAAAGUAUAUUUAAAACCAAAUACUUUUAGACUUUUACUCAAGUAGUAUUUUACUGGGUAACUUUCACUUUGACUUGAGUCAUUUUCUAUUAAGGUAUCUUUACUUUCACUCAAGUAUGACAAUUGGGUACUUUUUCCACCACUGGUCACACUCCAAUUCCAUAUAGCUAAAUUCCAUAUAGCUACUUUCUCAAUAAACCAAAUAUCACAUCAUAGUUAUCAUGAUUCAUACCUCAAAUUCUGACCACACUGUUAAACCUCCUUGAUGUCAAUUUAAGCCCUUCAGUACCUUGACCACCUAUGAGAGAUAAUGUGCAUCAAGUAUUCAAUGAAUUCAAGCAUUGCUAUAUUAUCAGCAUUGCUGGUAUUAUUGAAUACAUUUCCCCCUUCAUCUCUAAUCCUGUGUUCUGCUGUUUUUCAGUGUUCUGUGGGGGUGACCAUGGUUUGAGGGAACAAAGAUGUCUGUCCGCAUUCCACUGGUCCUCCUGGCCUGCGGCUCCUUCAACCCCAUCACCAACCAGCACAUGCGGCUGUUCGAGCUGGCCAGGGAUCACCUGCACCAGACAGGUCAGGCAACAUAGAGACCCUGUAUUCAUUUGCUAUGUUCGUGUUGCCUCCUAGACUUGCACGUAUUAUGCACGAGUCUGUUUAUUUCAUCAGUGUGCUCACGGGACAGUGGAAGGAAGAAGUCCCCCAAGGGUUUCUGUGUAGCUUUCAGGAGCAUUUCCAUCGUGGUUAAGUAUCAAUAGUCAUCUGUGCAGAUAGAGCUGUGCCUUCCUUGCACACAACUUUACACCUUGUGCCUUAACAUUCAGUCUAUAGACCAAAGAAACAGGACUGCACUUCAGUUGGAAUAAAUCAUGUUCCUAGUUUCCCAUGGACCCAGAUGUCAGCUGACCUGUGAGAAUGUAAACAUUGAGCAGAAUAAGCUGUAUAGUAUUAUAUUGCGUGGUGACUAGCGAUUUGUUAUAUUUUCCCAUGUUGUAUAAAACACUUUUCUUAUUAUAGUUAUAGAAUUGCCCUUAAUCCCAUAGCCUUGUGACCGGUCGUAGCCCUUUCUGGGGCAAUAAGGAAGACAAUAUGUCAUUGAGGGGAUUCGAUUAGGCGUGUUUUGCACCGGGUGAAAGUUGAUUGCAUUCCUUUUGGAACCGGGCUGCCUCCUGGGCGUGAGCCUGGUGCCCCGUUCAAAACCCACGGUGAAGUCGGCUCAAAACAAAAGUGACAAAAUUAAGCACGCGGAGUAAUGAGUAGGAUUCUGUGUUUUCACAUGCAAAAGUGAUUGCUUUCGAUAAAAACACUUUAGCUGCCUUCUCAAUGAAAACUACAGUGGAGAAAAAAACUAUUUAGUCAGCCACCAAUUGUGCAAGUUCUCCCACUUAAAAAGAUGAGAGGCCUGUAAUUUUCAUCAUAGGUACACGUCAACCCCGUGUGGUUCUGGGAUUUUUGCUCACCGUUCUUGUGAUCAUUUUGACCCCACGGGGUGAGAUCUUGCGUGGAGCCCUAGAUCGAGGGAGAUUAUCAGUGGUCUUGUAUGUCUUCCAUUUCCUAAUAAUUGCUCCCACAGUUGAUUUCUUCAAACCAAGCUGCUUACCUAUUGCAGAUUCAGUCUUCCCAGCCUGGUGCAGGUCUACAAUUUUGUUUCUGGUGUCCUUUGACAGCUCUUUGGUCUUGGCCAUAGUGGAGUUUGGAGAGUGACUGUUUUGAGGUUGUGGACAGGUGUCUUUUAUACUGAUAACAAGUUCAAACAGGUGCCAUUAAUACAGGUAAUGAGUGGAGGACAGAGGAGCCUCUUAAAGAAGAAGAAACAGGUCUGUGAGAGCCAGAAAUCUUGCUUGUUUGUAGGUGACCAAAUACUUAUUUUCCACCAUAAUUUGCAAAUAAAUUCAUUAAAAAUCCUAUAAUGUGAUUUUCUGGAAAACAUUUUCUCAAUUUGUCUGUCAUAGUUGACGUGUACCUAUGAUGAAAAUUACAGGCCUCUCUCAUCUUUUUAAGUGGGAGAACUUGCACAAUUGGUGGCUGACUAAAUACUUUUUUCCCCCACUGUAGUUUGAAAAUUCAAAUAUAUUUUUAUGGAAAAUAUAUGUUGUAUGUUUCUGGAUGAUGCGCUAUGCUUCCUUGUUGACAACAUGACAUGCAGAUUACUGUAAUAUUUGAGAAGGGCACUCCUCCCUCACCGCUUUUGCCCGUUCACGUCAUGGGCCAUAGACCGGUGCCCCGUGGCUCAGUAUAAUCAAAUCCGCCCAAUGUCAGAGAGUGGGGAGGAUCAAGAGUCUCAUCAACCAAUGAUUUACCUCCUUUCAGGUCAGUUCCAGGUGGUGGGCGGGAUUGUGUCUCCGGUGAGUGACGGCUAUGGCAAGCAGGGCCUGGUGUUGGCCAAGCACCGCAUCGCUAUGGCGAGGCUGGCACUGCAGAGCUCAGACUGGGUCUCCGUUGAUGAUUGGGAGAGCCAACAGCCCGACUGGACAGAGACAGUGGUCACAAUGAGGUGUGGAGUCACACAUUUUCACAGUUUAAACCUUUAAACUAAUUGAUUAAGUAACUACUAGUAUAUCACAGCCCCGAAAUGGCUUCUCUCUGAAGAAACGUUUUGAGAAGUUUAUUACCGCUUUGAUGAGCAGUGAACUACAGUACACUAAGACAUUUAUGUUAUUAGAGAUUUUGCGGGAUCAGCAUUGCCUUGUGAUGCCACUGGUCAUGUACACCACAGUCAUCAUUAUGCAAGUUAGCCGCUGAGUGUAACCCUUUCAUAACUUUGUAAGUGUUUUUGUUAAAAAGAACACAAUAGGAUUCAGAGCUUUUAUCGAAGAUCUGAUAGGUCAGGAUUCCACCUCAAACAUUAGUGUUGACAAGUGGUCAAUACCUUAAACUAACCAUGGUAUCCUUUACUGGACGUUUUUGAUUUCCAAGAGCUCCGGGAUAAUUGUUCAAGGGGUUUACUUACAAAAUCCUUCAAUACAGCUCCACUUUAUACAUGAAAUAAUAUCACGUUGUAAAAAUGUCUAAUUCCCUUUGUUGUAGACAAAGUAAAACAUCUCAGCAUGCAGACAGGCCAGUCAGAGCUUCAUCCUCCUUUUCAAUCAGACAGACCCCGUCUACACCUGACAUUUAAAAAUAACUUUGAUCAUCCUAUCACAAAUUAUUUAGACAAAAAUCUCAUUAAGGGCUUAGUUUGCAUCCACACCCUGUAUUAAAAUGUCUCCCAACAUGAUGUGUCACAUCAUGCCUCAACUGUCCACGUUCAUGAUCGGAAUUUUCUACUUCAUCUAAGGACCGUUACAACUACACUUACAUGACUGUUGUGGUCCAUCAGAUCCGAUCACAAUGCGUUUUACGUGCAUGUACUCUAUUCUACACCUGUCCAUAAACAUCAAAUUCCACUGAAUAUGGACAACAGCCAAUCACAUGUUAAUACAGGUGUACACUGGUCCGGAGCCUUGGUUUAUGUCCUCUCCUGUUGUACUUCACAGCCUUCGACCUUUAGCUCUUCAUUAGCCGUUAGUGCUCCGUAGAAUCUCCUCUUCCCGCACCGCAAACCUAGUCACAAUAGAAAAGCAAUAGAGCUCCCUGGGUAAAAAUCCCCUCUGUUGCUGCUCCAUGCCAACUGUUCUAUGUGCCAGAAACCACCUCAGAUCUAAGGCUGCGAUGCCAGAGGUUCCAGGGAUAUUGCGCCAACAUGCCCAUGCCAGGGCAUGCCAGGUCUGGGUGUUUAUUGGGGUCAGAUCAGUUUGUUGCUAUUGUGACAUAUUGUAACAUGUUGCCAUAGUGAUUAAGUGGAUGUGGGACACAGUUGCAUUUGGUUUUGAUAAACCAGUUGAAACUAUACAUACAGAAAGUUACCUCCACUUUACAUGCGUGUUUUCUCCCACAAUGGCACUCACUAUUGAUUUGAUCUACAAGUCAAAUAAAUGGAGGGUUACACAUAAACAUGACAUGCAUUUAGUUAUAUGUACACAAUGGCUAUGUGCACCCAUGCGAACGUAAACACACACACACACACACACACCCACAUACACAAACAUAAAUGCACACAUAGUUUAAGUGCUGUUCCCACUUGUGAUGCAUUAUACAACCCUCUCCUUGUCCCCUCUGCUCUGACAAAUCCCCUUGUUGAGCGAGCUGUCUGCACUCUUAAGCUGCGUUUUCGCAACAAGCGGAGCUGAUUAAAGUCAUGAAGUGGCCUGUUGUCCACAUUGGAGCAGGGCUGUGGGAACCUAUGGCAUCACGUAACCCAACGGCCAACACAAAUCUUCUAGAACAUCUGUAAGAGGCUUUUGCUCUCAACAGUAUAUUCCUUCAUUGGUUUUCUUUGCGUUUGUCAUAUGUUUGUUUGUUUGUUUCUCGCUUUGUUUGUCCUGCUGGCAGGUACCAUUAUGGUCGGAUACUGAAACAGUACCAAGAGGGCACAGGGAAGGACAGUGGUCCAACCACAAACUCCCAUCAUCUCACAAGUAAGACCCUCCUUCACCUUGCACUCUGUAGCAUGGGCCCAUUCCAGCCCCUAGCCCCUUCUCCUUUUAUGUUCAAAGUUCUAAAAGGAUUGGAUAGGUCAGGGGUCUAGAAUGUGUGGCUCUGGAGCCGCGUGCGGCUCUUUACCUGGCCCUUUGUGGGCCCAUGGCAAUACAAGUAGUAUUUCAAAGUAAUCAAUCAACUAUAAAAGUAGUUGAAUUAACAAAUCAAAUUAGCUGUACUCACACUUGAACAACCACAUGAAAAGUAUUUUACAACAGUUGAAAUUGGACUUCAACAUUCAACACAAUUCUGUUUUCUGGGACUUUUAUGGGAAGUGGACUGAAAUGGAACUGUGCCUCUCUCUCUCUCUUGGCACCAACUGAGCUGCAAUCAUCCUCUAUUAGUUAUAAUCCUCCACAUUGGCACCGGCGUCCUCUCCUCAGUCUUUAAUACCCUAUUUUGAAUCUUAUUUAGGUUGAAAUAUGUAAAGGAUCUGUUUUUUCAUAUUUUCAAGCCAACUAAGUAAUCCUUUAUCCCCUUUACACAUGCAGCUCUAUGGAAGCAGCUCUAUGAAGUCAGCUCUAUGGAAGCAGCAUGUUCAUUAAAGCUAAUGACGUAUAGAGGAUGAGGGGGAUGUGUGGCAUGAACAGAUCAUUAUGAAGGUCUCAGUAUGUGCCAGGAAAGACUGUGUAAAUGGAGCCAGACACACACGCACACCAUUCCUAUCAAAGUCUGGUGGAUAAGAUCAGAAAGAACCCUAUCAGAAAUUCCUUUGGAGAGACAUUAUCUAGAACUCUUGUCCCUAAUCCCAGAGGGCUGUAGCAUUUUCUCCCCAAAGAUGAGUGUUAGAUAUUAUGUUAAAUAUGUUGAAGUAUAUGCACCAGGGAAUAAAACAUAAAUGGUAAACCAAUGCCUAUUCUUCCCCUUUUAAACAAGUGCAAACGCUGAAGAGGUGCAAACGCUUAGUAAACCUAGAAGUUUAGGUAGUCAUGAGCAGCUUUUGGUCUGACCUGGAACUACACUACCGGUCAAAAGUUUUACAACACCUACUCAUUCAAGGGUUUUUCUUUAUUUUUACUAUUUUCUACAUUGUAGAAUAAUAGUGAUGACAUCAAAACUAUGAAAUAACACAUGGAGUCAUGUAGUAUCCAAAUAAGUGUUAAACAAAUCAAAAUAUAUUUUAUAUUUGAGAUUCUUCAAAUAGCCACCCUUUGCCUUGAUGACAGCUUUGUAAACUCUUGGCAUUCUCUCAACCAGCUUCACCUGGAAUGCUUUUCCAACAGUCUUGAAGGAUUUCCCACAUAUGCUGAGCACUUGUUGGCUGCUUUUCCUUCACUCUGCGGUCCAACUCAUCCCAAACCAUCUCAAUUGGGUUGAGGUCUGGAGAUUGUGGAGGCCAGGUCCUCUGAUGCAGCACUCCAUCACUCUCCUUCUUGGUAAAAUAGCCCUUACACAGCCUGGAGGUGUGUUGGGUCAUUGUCCUGUUGAAAAACAAAUGAUAGUCUCACUAAGCCCAAACCAGAUGGGAUGGCGUAUCGCUGCAGAAUGCUGUGGUAGCCAUGCUGGUUAAGUGUGCCUUGCAUUCUAAAUAAAUCACAGACAGUGUCACCAGCAAAGCACCCCCACACCAUAACACCUCCUCCUCCAUGCUUUACGGUGGGAAAUACACAUGUGGAGAUCAUCCGUUCACCCACACGUGUCUCACGAAGACACUGCGGUUUGAACCAGAAAUCUCCAAUUUGGACUCUAGACCAAAGGACACAUUUCCACCGGUCUAAUGUCCAUUGCUCGUGUUUCUUGGCCCAAAAAAAGUAUCUUCUUAUUGGUGUCCUUUAGUAGUGGUUUCUUUGCAGCAAUUCGACCAUGAAGGCCUGAUUCACACAGUCUCCUCUGAACAGUUGAUGUUGAGAUGUGUCUGUUACUUGAACUCCGUGAAGCAUUUAUUUGGGAUGCAAUUUCUGAGGCUGGUAACUCUAAUGAACUUAUCCUCAGCAGCAGAGGUAACUUUGGGUCCUCAUGAGAGCCAGUUUCAUCAUAGCGCUUGAUGGUUUUUGCGACUGCACUUGAAGAAACGUUCAAAGUUCUUGAAAUGUUCCGUAUUGACUGACCUUCAUGUCUUAAAGUAAUGAUGGACUGUUGUUUGUCUUUGCUUAUUUGAGCUGUUCUUGCCAUAAUAUGGACUUGGUCUUUUACCAAAUGGGGCUGUCUUCUGUAUGCCCCCCUACCUUGUCAUAACACAACUGAUUGGCUCAAACGCAUUAAGAAGGAAAGAAAUUCCACAAAUUAACUUUUAAGAAGGCACACCUGUUAAUUGAAAUGCAUUCUAGGUGACUACUUCAUGAAGCUGGUUGAGAGAAUGCCAAGAGUGUACAAAGCUGUCAUCAAGGCAAAGGGUGGCUAUUUGAAGAAUCUCAAAUAUAAAAUAUAUUUUGAUUUGUUUAACACUUUUUUGGUUACUACAUGAUUCCAUAUGUGUUAUUUCAUAGUUUUGAUGUCUUCACUAUUAUUCUACAAUGUAGAAAAUAGUAAAAAUAAAGAAAAACCCUUGAAUGAGUAGGUGUUCUAAAACUUUUGACCGGUAGUUUACAUAAAUCACACAUGAAAUUCAAUGAGUUAAUGAGUUCCAUGUGUGGUGUAUGUAGUUCCAGGUUAAGAGCAAAAUCUGUAGUUCUCAUGACUGACUAAACUCAAUUACAUUUUUUAUUGAUUUAUUGUCUGUUUAAUCAUGAGAUUGAUCUACUCAUUGACUAACUGUCAGUCUAGGGUUUGGUCAGCACGCUGUCAAUACAUACAGGUUACCAUUGUUUAUCUGCACAAGUCAACAAAUUACUCCAAAUCCCAAAAUUCAUGUCCUGUCACUUUUAAAACAAGCUCUUACACAAAGAAGGGUAAUGGAUUUUUACAAUCCCAUAUAGUGUGCCUGUGCUUAACGUGUACACUGUUAUUACACUGCAGUGCUAGCGAACGCAGCUAAAGAGCAUUAGCUUUUGUUCAGGGAUCCCAUUAAGACUCUGUGUGUGUGUUUGUGUGUGUGUGUGUGUGUGUGUGUGUGUGUGUGUGUGUGUGUGUGUGUGUGUGUGUGUGUUCACCCGUGCUUCGGAUCUCCGGAAGGUUUGUGCCACAAAGCACAAGGCCUGACUGAAAAUACAAUAUUGAAUUAAAUGGAUUUAGGGACAUAAUCCGAAUGCUCAGUUACAUCGUACUUUGUUGGUGGUCAGCUGGCAUGGGGUUACAUCUGGUUAACACCUAUAUUUAUGAAGAAAAUUGCUAAUUCUAGUGAGGGAUGGAUUACAUGAUUUACCGCAGUACAAAUAAAGAAAUCAGUAAAACAAAUGAAUAACUAACUCUCAGCAAACCAAUUCCAUGGUCUUUAAAACCAUGGCUUUCAUGUUUACUGCAACAUGAUGGCCACAUCCAAAUCUCUCUUGGGUGGAGACCAGGAGAGACAUUGUUGUAAAGGCCACCAUUCACCAACUCUUCCUUUUCUUGGCCCUCUCUCAGGCUCCUCUCCCAGGCUGAAGCUGCUGUGCGGAGCUGACUUCCUGGACACCUUCAAGGUGCCGGGCCUGUGGCUGGACGACCACGUGGAGGAGGUGGCGGGCCGCUUCGGCCUGGUCUGUGUCAGCCGGGGGGGCCUGGAGCCCGAGCGCGCCGUGCACGAGUCAGACACACUUUCACGCCAUUGGCGAAACAUCUUCCUGGUGAGCGAGUGGGUCCGCAACGAGACCAGCGCCACGGAGGUCCGGCGGGCCCUGAGACGAGGCCUCAGCGUCAAGUACCUCCUCCCGGAUUCUGUCAUCGAGUAUAUCCACCAGCACAACCUCUAUACCGGGGAUAGUGAGCUGAAGAAUAAGGAUGUGCUGUUGAGGCCGUUUACCAAGCAGACAGAGAUGCUUGUGAAAACGCUGGAUGACUGAGAGAUUGCCAUUGGCCUUCAUUGACGGAAGCAUAUAAUGUGCCAAUAGCAAAUACGUCUACUGACUGUGCAAGGACAGGCCAUGUGGCCCAUAUCUAGUUCACUUCUGUCAUCUCAGUUGAAUCUGUGGCACACCACACGCACAAUGUUUUGCCAUCAGUGGUUUCCUUUUUUAUAAACAGAUUUAUACACAUUUUAGUGUUAUAGUGUUGGCAAACUUGAUGUAACAGCAAAGACAUUUGUGCAGCAGUGCAGAUGACUAGAGAGACCCGAUUAUAAUUGUGAUUGACACGGUGGAUUGUAGUAAACUGGACUAGUUUAGGAUGCUCCUAAUCCAUUACUGACAUUUAAUCCACUUUGGAAGAGAUUACAUCAUCACCCCAACAGCCCGCAGAUACAGUGUGCAUAUAUGCAGGUCGGGUAGUCUACAUGAUGAGAUUAU